AUGGCACGAAGUCCACAACGAAAGGCACGACGAGCUACAACAGCCAGACGUACGGCCACGGUGUCGCCCAGUGAACGCGGCACCGACGAUGAGACUCAAGACGAGGAUCACACCCAGGUCCCGCAACUUCCAAACAGCGACGCGCCAAUCGAAGGCAGCGACAUCGCACGUCCAUCCAAGAAGGCUAAGACUGCUUCAACUCGAAUGAACUCUGGCAACAUCGUGGUUCGAGGAUAUGAUCGGAGCCGCAACAUUCCAAUCGAUACGGACGCGGCACACGGUGCUUUCUUGUGCGAGAAACCCGACGGGGACGCAGCACUAUGGGCGAGUUCCGGCUACGGUGGCAAGGCUCUACGAGACCAGUACUCGCAUACGGCCAUCGAGACAAUCGAUGACAUUCGAGUCGCUAUGAGCCAUAUCGUCAAAAGCAAAGACCAGACAUGGGUUACGUAUGGCCAAGCGAUUGAAGCAGCCAAGAAGGGCCACAACGUGGGUCACCAGUUUUUGGUGGCCUGCUACCACAACGGCUUACCGCCUCAAUACGCGUGGGUGAGUCGCAUUCGCAACCCGGCCAACGUCACACAAGCAGCUAUUGGUUUACAACAGAUGUUCCGUUCGGAUGGCGUUGGUGUAGGCAAUGGCGAGAUUCGAGCCAUCAAGACACCCUCGACCGUGACCAUGCCCUGGGCGGCCACGGAAGAAGAUGAGCCAGUUGCUGCUUCAGUGGAGGAUUUUACGCACAAGGCGCUACGCACCCUCGUGGCCAGCGUGGAGAUGAUGGUUCAAAGGAUGCAAGGUGGGCGUGGCGGCGGCUAUCGACCCAGCAAUGAUCGGUCGACCCAGCAAUGA